AUGACAGAAUCUGAAAAUGCACCACAGCCGGAUAAGAGAAAGUUCAUUUCAGGUGUUGUCGAAGGAUUCUAUGGCAGACCAUGGAGUGCUGAUCAGAGAAGGUUGCUGUUUACCUGGAUGCACAAAUCAGGGCUCAACACCUAUAUGUAUGCACCAAAAGAUGACUACAAACAUAGAGCAUAUUGGAGAGAGCAGUAUUCUGUAGAGGAAGCAGAUAAUCUGACACAUCUCAUAAGUGCAGCCAAGGAAAAAGAUGUCACGUUUGUCUACGCUAUUUCACCUGGUUUGGAUAUAUCAUUUUCAAAUAUUAAAGAUAUCCAGGCCCUGAAGAGAAAACUGGAACAGGUGGCCACAUUUGGUUGUGAAGCCUUUGCAGUACUCUUUGAUGACAUUGAUCCAGAACUUUCUGAGGCAGACCGUAGUGCUUUCCAGUCUUUUGGAGCAGCUCAGGUUUCAAUUUCCAAUGAAGUUUAUGAACAUCUUCACCAGCCGAAGCUCUUCCUCUUUUGUCCGACAGAAUAUUGUGCAUCAAGAGCAGUUUCAAGCGUGCCAUCUUCAGAGUAUCUGAACUGUAUAGGGUCCAAACUUCUUCCUGGAAUAGAUAUUAUGUGGACAGGUCCAAAAGUGGUAAGCAAAAAAUUGACUAUUGCAUCUCUGGAGGAAAUUGCGGCAGUGCUAAAGAGACCAGCAGUAAUUUGGGACAACAUUCAUGCCAACGAUUAUGAUCCGAGACGUAUCUUUCUUGGCCCUUAUGAUGGUCGGUCUCCAGAAGUUAUACCAUACAUAAGUGGUGUGAUGACCAAUCCUAAUACUGAAUUUGAGGCUAAUUUCAUGGCAAUACAUACACUUGGUCAGUGGUGUCAGUCAAACCCCGAUGGAGUCAAGAAGGAUAUUAUUAAAGAUGAUCGUAUGAGUCCCAUUGCCUCAGACAUCAAGUUGGAAACCGAAAGUGAUUUCAGCUCCGACGAUGAUUUUUCUACUUACAGUGACAUCAGGUACCAGCCAAAGGUGGCACUGAAAACAGCAAUGAAUGACUGGCUGACAGAAAUUCACAGUCAGCGCGAGCCCCCGAGGCAACCAUUUCCCCGUGCCAUACCAACGUUUUUACCAGGAUCAGUUCCAUCAGGGCCACCAGGAGUGCCACUGUGUCCUCCGCCCGGACCACCACUGCUUCUUCCAGCAACACCACCUUUAGCAGGUACCUCAGCUGUACCAUCAUGUCCUCCUGGUAAUCCAGCAAUUCCACCUGGAGUCAAACCCAUAUCCAUCACUGAUCCUCCACCCAUUGACCACAUCCCAUUAGCUGCCCCGCCAUGUUUAGAUCCAGCAGAACUACAAGCUCCUUCCACGCCGCCAGACAACUACAUGCCUGCUUCUCCACCAGCCGGUCUUCCUUUACCGGAUGUCAUCAAAACCUGCCUGACACCGUCCUUCACAACUGACACCAUCACAACCUCCGGGAUGACACCUUUAUCUGCCAUCUGCGUUUCUGCUUAUGCACCAGAACCGAUUCCAACUUUCCUUCAGCCACCAAGCCUUCCUGUGAACAGUCUGACUGACUUGCCAACAACCAAUACAGUCCCAGUCUCAGACGGUCCCCUGUCUGCAGAGGGAGGUGCUGAACCAAUGGAGGUAACCGCUCCCUGUUCUUCUGACUCCACAGAUGCUUCUUCGGGCAAUCGUAUCAGUAAUAACAAUAUCACUCCAACUCUUGAAAAGCAGAAUUCGUCUGACAGUCUAAUGCAGAUAGAGUCGGAGAUCAAUGACAAAAAGGACGACGAAGAUAAUAUCUCAGAUGACAAAAAUGACUUUGCUUUUUCCGAAGAGGAUGCACAGUUACUCGCUGAACUCUUUUAUAUGCCAUUUGAACAUGGUCAACAUGGCCUAUUCUUCCUUCAGAGGCUAUUCUGGUUGAGGAACAAUGCACACACCCUCGUUGAGAAAAGUGGAAAACAGACAACUUCAUUUGAGGCAACGGAAUGGCACCAUCUGGCAGAAGAGUUCUCAGGCCGGGUGGACGAAGCUGUGAAUCUCCUUCUGAAACUGGUGACGGGUCCCAACAAGUCCUUCAUGUGUGAUUUGUAUUCGUACCUAUGGGACCUGGUCAGCGUACUCAGAAUUUGCCGGGCAUUUGUCCAGUGGCUAGCUAAAGGACUUGCGACACAGCCACUGGCACAACAGACUUUUAGCUGUGUUACAUGGUUUUCAAAAGGAUAUAAGGAAGCAUUUAUGAAUGGUGACCAAGAGCCCUGGGUUUUCAGAGGAGGUCUUCAGGCAGAACUGCAACGACUUUUGCCAAUUGACAGUGCACACGACCUGUUUUAUAUUAAACCUCCCGACUAUAUUGUGACUAAGAUGUUCAAUUUGCGGCCAUAUAGGCCUGAAGAUGAGGAUGCUGUAUAUCACAUCUGUGCAAAAACUUGCGAUGAUGGCAUGGAUGGAACAGAUGUCUGUCCAGAUUACCCUCAGCUAUUAGGAGACAAGUUAAUAGGCAAAAUUGUAACUCUUAGCCCAGAUUAUGGCUUUGUCAUUGAGGAUGAAGUUGGAGUGUGUGGCUAUGUGAUAGCUGCUGUUGAUGCCAAGGAACUUGCCAAAAAGAGCAAAAUGGCCUGGUUGCCUGCUAUGUGUUCGAAGUACCCCCUUCCUGACAAGAAAGAGGAUUAUUCUCCUGCACAAGAGAUCAUUCAGAGUUUCCAUGCCGAACCAAGAGUCGUGUCUGAUGAAAUUCACGCUGUAUACCCUUCCGUGCUGCGUUUGGAUAUUCUUCCUAGCCGAGUGGAAGACCCUGCUCUCCCACGACGACUGUUGGCCUGUGUCCUGUCAGCUUUAAAAUGCAGCGGCUCGCGAGGUGUCCACUGUGAACUGAAUGCUAGUGAUAAAUGUAUGGUGGAUUUCUACACCAAACUUGGCUUCUUCUCACUAACAACUGUUGAAGAAAAUGGAGGGAGUACAGUCUAUUUGGGAAGACCAAUUUAA